AUGGCAACAGCCGGAGGACUGUUCGGCCAUGUUGGUGAGUUCAGUUCCGAACGAGAGGCAUUUAAAUCCUAUGUGGAAAGAAUGGAAAUGUUUUUUACGGCAAACAGCAUUGUAGAGACACCAGGUGAAGAAAAUGAAGGGGCUAAUCAACUUGUCAAGGACAGGAAACGUGCCAUUUUUCUAACUGAGAUUGGAGCGGAUGUAUAUCCCACAUUAAGUAAUUUGUUGGUGCCAGCGAAGCCAAAAGACACGUCUUUGGCUAACUUUUUUCAAGCACUAGAGAAGCAUUUUAACCCAGCACCGUUGGAGAUCGCUGAAAGUUUUCAUUUUGGAACACGUAGUCAAAAACCCGGUGAGUCAAUUGGUGAAUAUGUAGUGGCAUUAAAAAAACUUUCCAUUCAUUGUAAUUUUGGGGAAUUUUUAAAUCGAGCAUUACGAGAUCGCUUUGUAUGAGGGCUAAACAACGUCAAGAUACAGAACAAACUGUUGACCACCGAAAAUAUCACAUUCGACAAAGCCUGUCAGAUUGCGAGUCUAUGGAGAUGGCUGAAAGGAACACGCAAGAGUUUCAUCCAACUACUAGUGCCAGUGCUUCCAGUGAAGGGACGGUGAACCAAAUAGAAAGCAAGAGAAAUGACGAGCAAGCAUGCUACAGGUGUGGUGGAAAUCACACUGCAAAAACGUGUAGAUUUAAAACAGAAAAAUGCUUUAAAUGUACAAAAAUAGGUCAUGUAGCGUCAGUGUGUCGUAGUAAAACCAGUAAAGAGGUUAAGCCUGGUUCAACAUCCAAACACGGACAAGCAGACAGAGGUAACAUUCAAAAUUUAUCAUUGUACGAUAGUAAUAACGAUAAUGUCAAUAGUGAUGAAUUAGGUAUUUAUUCUUUAUAUUCAGUAGAGUCAGAGAACUAUUCUCAUAAGAGAUAUAAUGUAGAACUAUCUCUUAAUGGGGUGGUGUGCGACAUGGAGAUUGACACCGCUGCUGAUUUCUCGAUAAUGAGUAAAAGCAUGUAUGAUCAGAAGUUUAGUCAUUUUCCACUUUAUCCGUCAGCUGUAAAAUUGAAGACCUACACCGGCGAGAUACUUCAGGUAAGUGGUGAGAUAAAAUGUGAGAUUGUGCACCAAAAUAAGACUUUUAGGUUGCCAAUUGUGAUAGCUAACUAUGUAGGGAAACCCACUCUACUAGGUAAAAAUUGGCUUGCCCAGAUGAAGUUAGAUUGGGGCAGGGUUUUUAGCAUAAAAACGUCAGAGCAAAGUAAUGCUAGAGACCAACUUAAUGUGUUACUGUCAAAGUACAAAAACAUGUUUGAAGACAGCUAUGAAGGAAUGAAAGGGUUUGAAGCACAUAUCACUAUGAAAGACGGGGCAAGGCCAGUGUUUGUUAAGCCACGUAAAGUUCCUUAUGCACUGAAAGAGGCUGUAGAAGCGGAGUUAGAAAAACUUGAGAGAAAUGAUGUGAUAAAAAAAAACUGA